UUUAAUAUUGCUAGAAAAUUAAAAAAGCAAAUAAAAAAUGACAUGUAGAAGCUUAGGUAAAUUAACAAUAAAACUAAUUGAUGCUACGCGCAUUACGUUUCCUUCGAUUGAUGUUAACACGCGAUAGAAAAAAACAUCAAUAUUAAACAAAGAGAACUGAGUAAAACAACUUGUUUCAACAAUCCCCUUAUUACUAAUUUAUUUUACGCUACAUGAUCUAAUAUCUACGACUAUUAAAAAAACCGUUUUAUGGAAAGAAAAUUUAUCUGUAUAAAAUAUCCGCAGCUACUUUUAACACAAAUUCUUUGAAUAAUGAUUUUUUUUUUAAGUAUAAAUCUAGAGAGAAGUAAAAGUAACAAAUAAACAUUUGCAUUUGUACAUACGUUGUCAGAAUAUAUAAACGACAAACAGGUGUAUAAAAAGUUGAAUUGCUCGAUUGUAUGUAUUCUUGAUAUUCAGCAGACACUGCCUCGAUAACUGUUUUGCAGAUAAUAAACAUCAUAAUCUUUUACAAUUGCACACGUGCAAUUAGCAUGUAAUUUUCAAGACAUACGAAAAUCACUCUUGAGUUUUUCAUGCAACACAUUUGUGACAGUAAGCUGAAUAAAAAUUACACACACAAUCAGUGUAAAAAAAAAUUUAUACAUAAUUCUUAUAUAAUUAUAGAGAUUAUUUUAAAGUUAUAUUAUUAAUUCACAAAUAAAUCUCAGCUUUGUAAUCACUCGAUUGUGUUUUUAUGAGUCAUGCUAUAUUAUAUUUUCUCGUAUGAGUAUAUGUACACGUACACUUGUGUGUCCGAUAAUGUGUCAUGUCGGACGCAUACCUACAUGACGCCGGCGAUCAUCCGAUGUUACGUCAUCGUUAGCUUCUCGUUCUACCACGAUUUCAGUCGCGACUACCGUACCGUAUGUUUUCAUUGCACUCACGGCAAUUCACUUAUAUCAUUGUGGAAAAGAACCGCGACGGCACUGAUAAUAAACUUCGAAAACUACUGGCAACACGUUUUAUUCCAUUCUUGAAAUAGAUUAAGAAUUUCUGCGGUGUUUUAAUCUUUCAUAGUGUAGUGAUUAUUUUGAAAUUUAGCCAUAUCCCCGCCCACAACAGUACUCUCGGCACAUUGAUCAAGGAGUGCGGUCUUGCACGUGCGGUCACCUCAGUUACAUGUUGAACCAAAGCUGCAUGGCAACAAUUCUGCAAUAAGAAAAUGUCAAGGAAGCGUCCUAGAGAAGACACUAUGCUGAAUACUGUAUCUUAUCAGAAUAAUUUUAAUGGAGAAAGUGCAUCCUGCUCUAGGGAAGAUUUUCCAAUUUAUCCUUCUAUCUGUAAAGAAGCACCUUUCAGCGAUGAUCCAGAUGCAAUUGCAGAGAGAAAUGCUUGUGAUUAUAAUAUAAAAAUUACUUUAAAACAAGCAAGAGCUGGUAAAGCUCCUAGAAAAAUUAGAGUCUACGCUGAUGGUAUUUAUGAUCUUUUCCAUCAAGGCCAUGCAAGGCAACUGCUACAAGCUAAGAACAUUUUUACAAAUGUUUAUCUUAUUGUUGGUGUGUGUAACGAUGAAUUGACACAUAGUAAAAAAGGAAGAACUGUAAUGACUGAUCUAGAGAGAUAUGAUGCAGUCAGACAUUGCAGAUACGUAGAUGAAGUAGUGCGAGAUGCACCUUGGGAACUUCAUGAUGAAUUCAUUGAAAAGCACAAGAUUGACUUUGUUGCUCACGAUGAUAUACCAUAUAUGACAGAUGAUGGAUCAGAUGUUUAUGCCAAGUUAAAAGCUAAAGGUAUGUUUGUAGCUACGCAAAGAACAGAAGGAGUUUCUACUUCAGACAUAGUGGCGAGAAUAGUAAAAGAUUACGAUAUAUAUGUUAGAAGAAAUCUUGCACGAGGGUAUAGUGCAAAAGAGCUCAACGUUUCUUUUCUUAAUGAAAAAAAGUUCCGUCUGCAGAAUAAGUUCGAUGAUCUAAAAGAUAAAGGAAAACGUGUAAUGGAAAAUAUUGGUGAAAAACGAAUGGAUAUGAUCAGUAAAUGGGAAGAGAAAUCUCGGGAUUUCAUUGACGCUUUCCUUUUAUUGUUCGGAAGAGAAGGCAGAUUGUCUACAAUUUGGAAUGAAAGUAAAGGCCGUUUGAUGCAAGCGUUAUCUCCACCAGCAAGUCCGAAAAGAGAUGGUAGUCCAAACAGUAGUAGUAACAGCAGCCAUAAUGAUGAAGAUCAGACAAGUCCACCGCCAAAGAAAACAGGACGCUACGAGUUUUCGCAAAAUAAUCAGUAUUUAAGUGAUGAUUAUAGUGAUGAUGAAGAAGAACAUCUACGCUCGAAAUGAUAACUGUAUUUGUUUAAACAGCAUGUUUUCUCUGACCAAAAAAUUAUACUAUCGUUAUUAAUUGUAUUCACUUGGAAGUUUAGAUAAAUUUAUAUAGCUGAUAACGUGCUGAUACUAUAAACUCUAUGCUUAAUAAAAUUUGUAUGGUAUAGUAAUACUAUACAUAUAUUAAAAAACAGAAUAGCUUUUUGUAACGUGAAGCGGCUUAGUGUGAUUUUUACAGAUUUUAUUAUUUAAAUUAUUGUGCGCUAUUCAGUUCCUAUGUUUCAUGAUGCGAAUAAAAUACUUGUAUUUUUAAUUUGA